UUGCUUCGGUUAAUUUAUUUGUUUAUGUUUUGUGUGGAAACUGGGUAAAUUAUUGUAGGUUGAUGCUGGUUUGGCGGCGUUGUGCUGUUUUUAUUCUAUUAUUUCAUACUCUUUUAAGUGCUUUAAUUCGUGCAUAAUACCAAAAAAAUUCCUUCCAGUAUUAGGUUAUAUAUAAAUUAUCAUCAGUUUUCGUCUGUAAAAGUCACAUGAACCAUGAUGAUAAACUGAUCAGAAUGAAAUAAAACAAUAUUUAUAUAUAUAUAUAUACACGAAAAUACCCACCACCAUAUAUACAAGCUGCAGCACCAGAAAAAAUCUCUUGCUAGCAAAGUGGAAGAAAAUGAGUGGUGAAGGGUGGUGAAUGUAAUGAAUAUUGGUGGUGGUGGUGGUGGUGGUGAUGAUGAUGAGACAAGGUGAAGAAUCAGGAGGGACUACAAGAUGUCAAGACUGUGGAAACCAAGCGAAGAAGAACUGUGUGUACAUGAGGUGCAGGACUUGCUGCAAGAAGAGAGGUUUUCAUUGCCAAACUCACAUCAAGAGUACUUGGAUUCCUGCUUAUAGAAGGCGCCAGAGGAAUCAUCAACAGCUUCUUACUAUUCAAGAACAGCACCAGCACCAGCACCUACAUCUUCAAGAACAUAACCCUAAAAGGCUUAGAGAAAAUCUCUCUUCAUCAAUAUCAGGGUUACAAGUAGGGAAUUUUCCAGCAGAAAUUAGCUCAAAUGCUACAUUUCAUUGUGUUAGAGUGAGCUCCAUUGAUGAUGCAAUUGAUCAGUAUGCAUAUCAGACAACUGUGAGUAUUGGAGGUCAUAUUUUCAAGGGUAUUCUGUAUGAUCAAGGUCCUGAUGAUCAUCAUCAAAGCUACAAUUACACUGUGGGUGACAGCUCUUCCAGUGAGCCCCAUCAUCAUGAUCAUGAACAAUCUAAUCCAUUCAAUGUUGUUGCUACUGAUCUAAACACCACCACUCCAGCUCCUACAGCAACUGUUUAUCCUCCUCCAUAUACAUUCCCAUUCAGUCCUUUCAUGCCCGGUACGCAAUUAUUCCCACACCCAAAAUCAUAAUUAAGCUUUCCUUGUAUCUUUGAUUAAUGAAAACGCAAUAAAUAAUGCUUUAUUUAUAUUAAGAACAUCAUCAUCAUGAUAUUUAAUUUCUUAUUAUCAUUA